AUGAGAACCAGUAACCAUUUGAUAGGUGCACUGAACUUCCUAACCUUCCUGCUAUCAAUCCCAAUACUGGGUGGUGGAAUAUGGCUAAGCGGCAGAGCCAACAACACAGACUGUCUCAAGUUCCUCCAGUGGCCUCUCAUCGUCAUCGGAGUCGCCAUCAUGGUGGUCUCACUCGCGGGCUUCGCCGGCGCGUGUUACCGGAACAUCUUCCUCAUGUACUUCUACUUGUGGGCCAUGUUCGUCAUCAUAGCUGCCCUAAUAGGGUUCGUGAUCUUCGCCUAUGUCGUGACUGAUAAAGGGUCGGACCGGGUCGUGCCGGGCCGGGUCUACCGCGAGUACUACUUGGUGGACUACUCUGGGUGGCUGGAGAAGCGCGUGGCGAGUGACAGUAAUUGGAGGAAGAUCAGUUCUUGUAUUAGAGACUCUCAUGUGUGUCCUAAGUUGAGGAGGAUGACCGGUGGGUUCCCUGAGCCUGCUGACAUGUUUUACCGCAGAAAACUCAAUCCUGUUCAG